AUGUCCAAACCCAUUAACAUUUAUUCCAUCCCAGAACUUCGCCAGACUCUAGACGAGGCAUUGCCUGGUAUAUUCUCUAGAUACGAGUUUAACCAAUCCUUCCGUUUAAUUGACAGUCAAUUAGUUAUUGGAUAUGGUAUAGCUCUAGUUGCAGCUGCUAGCUUUCUACUGGACAAGAAAUUUGAGUUCGAAGAGGUUUUGACCUAUCAGAAGAUUCUUGUAGGUUCAUAUAUGGUCCUCUCUACAGUGUACUGGUAUUUCACGAAAUUUGUACAAAAGGGUAUUACAUAUGAAGGUGUAAACAAGAAGGGUACCAGUAUUGCAGUCAAGACUUUCUUCGAAAACAAUGAGCCAUUGUACCAUAUUACCUUCAUGACGCAAGAUGAUUUUGAUCUUAAAACCGCCCUACCAGUAAACAAAGUGUUUAACGAACAUGGAUAUCUACAGACUGAUUUACUUUACCAAUGGAUUGGUCAACAAUUAACUAUACUAGAAACUAAAAAGGCUAAAUGA